UAGAAACGAAAACAAGGAUGAUUUCGCUAGUGUGCUCACUUCAUUACUGUAACUAGAUUCAUCUAAUAAGAAUUUAUUAGAAAACGAUUUCCUUCAGCGCUGUGGUUUUUUUUUUUUUUUCGUCUUAAACCCGCUGUCACUCCUUAUUAAGAACAUAAUAAUAGCAUAGUUUCUUGCUAUAAUUCUUGUCGGUGCUGAAAUAUUUCUCAUUGAUCUGACCGGAAGUAUGGCCGUUUCCGAUUGGCGUUUGUCGCUGAAGUUGAUGGAUCAGCCUUCUCUUCCGAAGUCAGUGCUUCAGUUUCCAGAAGCAGAGCCAGGUGAUGUCCCACCUGGUCAGUAUCGCGUGGCCACUCUUAAGCAGCUCGUUUCAGUGCAGCUACCGGACGCCAUCCCAGAUCCUGAACUGAUAGAGUUGGUUUACUGUGGCAGGAAGCUGAGGGAUGAACUCACUUUAGACUCUUAUGGGAUCCAAUCAGGAUCAACAGUACACAUCCUGAGAAAGUCAUGGCCAGAACCUGAGAUCCAACCAGAGCCAGUGGAUAGGGUGACAGCCGCAAGAGAAUUCCGUGUCCUUCAGGCAGCUCUUCACACCAGCACAGCCUACAGAGACUCCGUUUUUAAGAUGCUGAACAACAAGGAGUCUUUGGAUCAAAUCAUUGUGGCCACACCUGGCUUGAGUAGCGAUGCAGUCGCCCUAGGUGUGCUUCAAGACAAGGACCUCUUUGUGCAGUUCACAGAUCCAAACAUGCUUGACAUGUUGAUAAUCUCUCACCCAGCACUGGUUAAUGCCAUUAUUCUGGUGCUGCAUUCAGUAGCUGGCAGUGUUCCCUCUCAACAGAGUGCCAGCUCCUCUAGAAAUGCAUCCUCCAGCUCCUACAGCGAGAUGCCAGGUGGGUUUCUCUUCGAAGGCAUGUCAGAUGAUGAGGAAGAAUUCCAGUCUGGGAAUCGCAGUGGGCCAUCCUCAAGUUCUGCCGGUUCUUCGGGCCUGAGGCCUGCUACAUUAGGUUACAGUGGAGCAGUAGGUCCCAGGCCAAUCACACAGAGUGAACUCGCUACAGCUCUAGCUUUAGCCAGCACUCCGGAAAGCAGCGCUGUUACACCUACCAUAGGAAACCAGGGAGCUUCUUCAGGGGUUUCCCCGAUCCCCGCAGGAACUCCCAUUACAAAUGACCUUUUUAACCAGGCCCUGCAGCAAGCCUUACAGGUGUCUAACAUAUCGUCUUUACAGAGUCAGUGGCAAUCUCAGCUCCAGCAACUGCGCGAUAUGGGAAUCCAGGAUGAGGAGCUGAUUCUGCGAGCACUACAGGCCACUGGAGGAGACAUCCAAGCUGCCCUAGAGCUCAUAUUUGCUGGUGGAGCUCCAUGAAAUGCUGCAUACUCAAAGAACAUGCUGUGUAAUAUGUGUGCAGUUAUAGUUGUACAAAUAAUUCUUAAAUAUUUUAAAUAGAGGUGUUCACCCCUUUAUCCUGAUAGGCGAACAUAUGUAUUUUAUUUAUUUUAAUGUCACUGAGUUAUUGGAGCCAAUCAUAGGCGUGUGUGCAUUUCUAAAGGGACAGAUAGCACUUUCCUCUCUGUGUGUAUGUGUGUGUGUGUGUGUGUGUGUGUGAGUUACUGUAUGCUGCCCUUUGAGGCAGCAGUUCAAAAAGUUUGGGCUCACAUUGGCUGGCUUCACAUGUCUCAGUUGGGGUGUGUGUUGGCCUUCACCCUCCCUGAUUCAGAAAAGCACAAAAAACAAAAGAAUUUUCUGAAAACAAAAAAUAAUAAUCAUUUUAAAAAUUACUGGUAAAAUUACAAUCAAUAUUUUUGGUAGGCACAUCUUUCUUUUCUUUAUGAAAAUGCUUCUUUAUUUUAUUUUUAGAGAGAUAUAGAGAUCCCGGUCUGUUCUUUUAUACUCUUGUCCAUUCUUGUGCAUGUGGACUUCAAAUGAAACCACAGGUUUUCUGUUGGGUUAAAAUCUGGAGACUGAGACGGUCAUUAUAAAACAUCUUUGGUUUGGAUUAGAAGCAUGUGUGUUGAAAGCUGUAUCAGUGAACCUCCUGGCAGAGGCAGCCAAGUUUUGGGCUGAAAUAUUCCUGGUACUUCAUUCAUCAUCAUGCUAUCAGUCUUCACAAGAGCCCCUGGACCACCAUUUUUGUGAGAUGAUGUGAAUUAGUGCUUAUUUCUUGCAGUGAUUCAGUUAUUUGUCCUGAAAGUGAUGUUUAAUGGUUGAUUUUGAGUGACAACUUGACUGUGGGAAUCAAUUCUAAAACUGUGAUGCAACAGGGAACAGGUUCCAGGGAACUUUCUUCUUUUUUUUCCACAUAUAUGCACUAUAUUGGCAAAGGUUUUGGAACACCCCUCCAAAUCAUUGAAUUCAUGGCUUGGCCCCUUAGUUCCAGUGAAAGGAAUUCUUAAUGCUUCAGCAUACCAAGACAUUCUGAACAAUUUCAUGCUCCCAACUUUGUGGGAACUAACCCUAACAUCAGUGCCUGACCUCACAAAUGCACUUCUAGAGGAAUGGUCAAACAUUCCCAUAAACACACUCCUAAACCUUGUGGAAAGCCUUCCCAGAAGAGCUGAAGCUGUUAUAGCUGCAAAGGGUGGGCCAACUCCAUAUUACAUUCAUGUGCAUGUAAAGGCAGACGUGAAUUCCCAAAACCUUUGGCAAUAUAGUGUACUUGUAAAGAUAUAUAAUAAGAAUAAUAUAACAAGCAUGUAUUUAUUUAAAUUAUUCCUGAUGGUUGUCAAUAAUUUUGUACAAGUAAUCAGCACAAUGCAAAAAUCACAUGAAUACUAAUCAAGAGCUUCGGCACUGGUGGCUCAGUGGUAGGUUUCUCACCUGUCAUGUGGAAGGCCCGGGUUCAAUUCACAGCCAGUGCCCGACCCCAGCCACUGGAUGUAGCGCCGGUCCCAAGCCCGGAUAAAAUGGGAGGGUUGCGUCAGGAAGGGCAUCCGGCAUAAAAAACCUGUGCCAAGUUGUUGUGCGGACCAGUUGGUCUGCUGUGGCGACCCCAUGACAUGGUUGUGGAUACCAGAUGAGCUGGUUUGAGAAUUUCCACAGAACAUAUAUUGCUCACUCAGAAUUUAAUAGUUUUUUCCCCCACCACUCUGUGUAAACUCUACAGACUGCUUUGUGUGAAAAUAAAAUACUCAAAACCAGCCCAUCUGGCACUAACGUCCAUGAAGAUCUUGACCUGUAUCUGCAUGAUACAGCUACUGCCACAUGAUUGGCUGAUUAUUUAACUGUAUAAAUGUACAGAUGUGUACAUUAAAAAUAAAUUGGAUGAUGAGUA